CAUAGGACAUUUUAAAUAAUUUAGUUUAUUGAUAAUUAAGUUUGAUCACAACGAAUACUUUUUAAAAAUGAGUAGGAAUUACAAGGAAGAUCAAGCGAAUGAAAUAGAGGCGCUCGAAUCUAUAUACUAUAGUGAAAUGGAAGUACUGGAGACAGAACCUUAUCACAAAUUCAGUAUUACCAUCGGCACUGAGGAAUACAACACUGAAGAGGAAUCAGGUGGUAUGGCGUGCAAACUCGUAUUUACGUAUACUCCAACUUAUCCAGAUGAAGCACCAGAAGUAGAAAUAGAGGAUCCUGUUAAUCUAGAAGAACUUUACGAAGACAAACUACUUGAACACCUCAAAAAAACAAUUGAAGAAAAUAUAGGAAUGGAAAUGAUUUUUACAUUAGUUAGCAGUGCACAGGAAUGGCUGAAUGAACGCUGGGAUGACUACAAGUUGCAUGAGGAAGAAGAACGCGCAAGGAAACUUUUAGAAGCAGAAGAAGCUGAACGAAAGAAAUUCGAAGGUCAUCGUGUGACUGUUGAAUCAUUUCUUAAAUGGAGGGCGGAAUUCGAGGAGAGCACAGGCAUAGCGGCCAAAAGAGAAAAGAACAACGAUAGUAAAAAACUGACCGGGAAAGAGUUGUUUAUGCGCGACACCACUCUCAAUGAUUCCGAUAUUAAAUUCUUACUUGAAGCUGGUGACUCCAUUGAAAAUGUUAAAAUUGAUGAAACUCUAUUUCAAGAUAUUGGCGAUUUGGAGUUGGGUGAUGAGGACGACUCCGAUGAUGAAGAUUGGGUGCCAGGUGCCGAUGAUUAGGUUAAAGACUUUUAUACUUAAUUAUAUUUGUUAAUUAAAAAAUGAGUCGCUUAUAGUUUCUUACACAUUUAUUAAAUAGAUAAGGUAUAUGAAAAAUUAUGCUCGGCAAAUAUAUAAUAUCAACAGAGAAA